AUGGCAGUGGGAAAAGAGGACACCAUUCGCGCCAAUUGGCGGUGCUUCAUCGCCUGUGGCAUUAUCGUUCUCUCCCCGUUCCAGUAUGGCCUUGACUUUGGCUUGAUCGGCGGUUUGCAAGCCAUGCCUGGCUUCUUGAAGAUUUUCGGUUAUCGAGAUCCAGAGACAGCGAUUGGUUGGAACAUCAAUACUACUCGCCAGCAACUAAUCGCCUCGUUCAUGACCCUCGGCGCCUUCAUCAGCUCCAGCCUUGCGGGUUUUGUCGCCGCCAAAGUUGGUCGGAAAUGGUGUUUAUGGUUCGCGUGCCUGCUAUGUGCAGCAGCCAACAUUAUCAUGAUGACCACAACACACAUUGGCCCUCUCUAUGCAGGCCGUCUACUCAUUGGUUUGGCAAACGGGUACUUCAUGACCUUUUCUCAGCUAUACAUCCAAGAGAGUAGCCCGGCCAAAUACCGCGGUUUAUUUCUCAGCUUCUUUCAGUUCUGCACUUCAUUCGGCACACUCAUCGGCACCAUCAUUGACUGGACGACUGCGAAGCGACCGGACAAGUCUGCCUACCUGAUCCCAUUGGGCAUCAUCUACGUGGUCCCCACCAUUCUAUUCAUUUCUAUGUUCUUCAUCCCGGAGUCGCCUCGCUGGCUCAUCUUGCAGGGCCGGUUCGACGAAGCCCACAAGUCUCUAAAGUGGCUGAGACCUGACGAUGCAAAUGUUGAAGAGGAGCUCGCUGAAAUUCGACUGGCCAUUGAUAACGAACGUGAAUCGGCCAGCAGUGUAGGGUUCAUGGAUAUGUUCCGCCACCCCGUUGAUAGAAGGCGAACUAUGCUCUCUGUUGGUGCUGUGGUAUUGCAAGCUGCUUCCGGAUCCAUGUUCAUCAUUGCCUAUAAAGCAUAUUUCUUUGCCAUGGCCCAGGUCGAAGACCCUUUCGCGAUGAGCAAUGUCCUCAGCACUGCGGGCCUAGUUGCCAUCAUCAUCAACGCUCUAAUCGUCGUCCGAUAUGGCAGGCGACGCGUUCUUUUGACCAGUGGUCUCCUUAUCUCCGGCUUUUUCCAGUUGAUCAUCGCAAUUGUCUAUGACAAAAACCCGGGGGAAAUAGUCACAGGAAAGGUCCUUGUCGCACUCUCCUGCCUAUAUAUGACAAGUUACAACGGAAUGAUUGCUUCAUACUCCUGGCUAGUCGGUGGCGAGAUUCCAUCUCAACGCCUUCGCAGUCAUACCUUCGGUCUUGCCGCAGCGGUUGGGUUCCUCGGUGCAUGGCUGAUCACGUUCACUGCCCCUUAUUUCAUCAACCCAAGUUCUCUCAAUUGGGGUCCCAGAUAUGGUUAUAUCUGGUUCCCUUCUUGUAUCAUCGCCGCGGCAUGGGUGUACUUCUUCUUGCCUGAAGUCAAGGGUCGAACGUUAGAGGAGAUUGAUCAAAUGUUCAAUGCGAAGUUGCCCGCGCGAAAAUUCCGGACCUACCAAUGUGUUCGUCAAACUGACGUCACGAAUAAGGAGAAAUCAAGUGUUGAGGUAGUAAUUACCGAGUCUGAGCGGGUAUAA